AUGGCAAAUCCAUCAUCAUCCAAAUCUACAAACCACCGCAACACGAUGUCACCAGCAAUCCCAAAACCGAAACCAAAAACAACACGCCUCCCUCAAUCCACCACCAUUCCGCUACAAUCAUCCGAACCACCUCCACCAAUACUCACAAAUAACCCAGACAUCCGCCCUUUCCUCUCCCGCAUUACAACCUCUCUUACCCACUCUUUUUCUCAACGUCGUCCUUGGUUCGAGCUCAUGGACCGGACCACAUUCUCUCGUCCGGACACCCUCUCUGAAGGCGUAUCUCGAAUCAAAAAGAACUUUUCGUAUUUUCGUAUAAAUUACACAGCCAUGAUUGUAGUCAUUACUGCAUUGUCUCUUUUGUCACACCCUUUCCCUCUUUUCUUUCUCGUUUGCCUUUUAUCCGCUUGGAUCUUUUUUUACCUUUUUCGUCCACCUAAUCAACCGGUUUUUUUAUUUGAUCGUAGUUUUACUGACCGCGAAACGUUGGGGAUUUUGAUUAUUUCUACCAUUUUGGUUAUAUUUUUGACGGGGUUGGUGUCGUUGUUGAUAUCGUCUAUUGUUUUUGGAUUAGGGGUUACUUGUGCUCAUGGUGCAUUUAGAGUUCCACAAGAAGUGUUUGUGGAUGGUCAGGAACAACAGGGGAAUGAUUCCGGGCUGCUUUCCUUUAUUACUGGGGCGGCUACUUCUGCUGCUGUUGCUGCUGCUCCUACUAUUCCACGUGCGCGCGUUUAA